AUGGCGACGAUUGACGCGGCGAACGAUAAGGAGCCUUUUCCGCUCCUCAACACCUCCCUCGACCCCUUUGCCAUGGACGAGGACUCGGCGCCGCGCCGACGCCGCAAGAGCUCUGGCCUGGGCGGCGAGAUCCGCGCCGGCGACACCGGCGCCCCGGCCUUUGCCUCUAGCCAGGCGAGCCUCAACGCCGGCGACUCCUUCACCCGCCACGCCGACUCGCCCUCGUCCCCUGUCACGCCCACGUCAACCGCCUCGCCCGCCGCUGGCAAGCGCAUCUCGAAGCGGCGCCGCGCGCGCGGCCUCGUCUCGCGCGUGCGGCAGCUCAUGGUGCGCCGCACCUUUGUGCUGCCCGCGGUGCUGCUGCUCCUCUUCCUCGCCGGCUACGCCGUCAACCCGACCGAGUCCAACGUCCUCCACCACUUCAUCUUCCUCUCGUACCCGCUGCCGCAGGACGACCCGGGCAAGCCCGUCAUGUACGGCAAGGGCCCGUGGGACAUGGCCUUUGUCGCCUUUUACAUCAUCGUCCUCACCUUCACGCGCGAGUUCAUCAUGCAGGAGCUGCUCCGGCCGUGGGCGCGCAGCACCGGGCUCAGCAAGGCCAAGCAGGCACGCUUCAUGGAGCAGGCGUACACGGCCGUCUACUUUGCCUUUCUCGGCCCCGCCGGCCUGUACGUCAUGAGCCGCACCCCCGUGUGGUACUACAACACGACGGGCAUGUACGCCGACUUCCCGCACCGCACCCACGAGGCCGUUGUCAAGUUCUACUACCUCUUGGAGGCCGCCUACUGGGCCCAGCAGGCCAUUGUGCUCAUCCUCGGCCUCGAGAAGCCCCGCAAGGACUACUACGAGCUCGUCGGCCACCACGUCGUCAGCCUCGCCCUCAUUGGCCUCAGCUACCGCUUCCACUUUACCUACAUUGGCAUCGCCGUCUACACCUCGCACGACAUUUCCGACUUUUUCCUCGCCACGUCCAAAGUCCUCAACUACCUCGACCACUUCCUCAUCGGCCCGUACUUCUUCGUCUUUGUCUGCGUCUGGGUCUACCUCCGCCACUACAUCAAUCUCCAAAUCAUCGUCUCCAUGUUUACCGAGUUCCGCACCGUCGGCCCCUUUGAGCUCAACUGGGAGACGCAGCAGUACAAGUGCUGGAUCUCCCAGUACAUCACCACGGCCCUGCUCACCUCGCUCCAGGCCCUCAACCUCUUUUGGCUCUUUUACAUCCUGCGCAUCGCCUACCGCUUCGUGCGCGACAGCAACGCCACCGACGACCGCUCCGACGACGAGGACGAGGACACGACGCUGGCAGAGGAUCGUAAGCUCUCGGUGCCGAUUCUCACAAUCAAUGGCGAAAAGCCCAACGGCAAGUCUGAGUAG